AACACGGCCGCCCCGCACCACACACGUACACGCACACCAAGAGUGGAAGGUCGUCAGGACUUCUUUUCUCAUCAUCCUCGAGCCCACCUGCCUCACGUAUCCUCUUGACUGGCUGGCCAGCAAAAGUCUCUCUCAGCGCCGCCAACCACAAUGCUCUCGCGGAGCAGUACAAUACGAACGCUGGCUUAUGCGCUCCUGGUCGCUCUUGUCCUCCUCGUCCAGUCCUUCGCAGAGGCGCAGAACAAGGGUCCUCAGUACGACUUGGGCAGCGAUGCCUUUGUACCUCUGAGGACACAUAGCAUAUAUGCUCCUUACGUUGAGUCGACGCUGCAGAAUCGUUUCUGGGAUUACGGAGGCGACACAAUCAUCGACACGAAUCGUCAUGUACGCCUGACGCAAGACAAGGCUCACCAGAUUGGUUGGCUCUGGUCACGCUUGCCGAUCCAGGCGGCUAACUACGAAGUGCAAUUCGAGUUCAAGGUCGAUGGCCAAGCAACGAACACGUACGGAGAUGGCCUAGCGAUGUGGCUCACAGACGAGAGGGCACAGAGUGGUCCCGUCUUUGGAUCGAAAGACUACUUUACUGGGCUGGGCAUCUUCUUUGACACUUUCGCCAAUGCGAGACAUCCCUACUCCUUCCCUCGUAUCAUGGCGAUGCUAGGCAAUGGCGUGGAGAGCUAUCGUGGCGACAAGGACGGUGCGAACCAAGAGCUGGCCGGGUGCAGCAUCGAUAUCCGUCGCACAAGAGUUGCUUCCAAAGCCAAGCUCACUUUCGUACGAAACGUCUACCUCGAGCUGCAAGUCCAACACUCCGAAUGGGACGAGUGGGAGACAUGCUUCAAGCUCGAAGAUGUCAAGCUGCCAGAGCGCCCUUACCUGGGCUUCUCUGCCUUGACUGGAGACGUGAGCGAUGCGCACGAUGUCAUCAGCGUAUCGAGCAGUAGCAUCGUGUACAAGGAGCGAAGCUACGCUGAGUUGGAGGCAGAGAGGCGAAAACACUUCCCCAAGGAUGGGAGCAAGUCACCAUACGACAAGUCAUCGAAGAGUAGAAGCGGCAAGGGCCUCUUCUCCUCAACAGGAGGAUUCUUGGCAGGCUUCUUCCAUGGACUAUUCACGCUGCUGUGGUUCCUGGUCAAGUGGGGCUUGGUUGUGGCUGUCAUUGCUGGGCUGGGAGUCGUCUUCUUGCGAUGGAGGAAGGCGAGGGAUGCAAAGCGCUUCUGAGCGGAAGUCAAUGGGCAGUAAUGAUCAGAAUGCCAAAUGGCAUCCGUCACAAAGUGUAGCUCGUCGCGCUAAUGUGCAGCUGUGGUAUCAAGAAUCGGUCGUGGAAGUGGUGGUAGUGCUGAGUGCUUAGAGCCGGACCCUGAGAAGGCGUUGAAGGGAAGGGCCCGCUCGCUCGCCCGCCCGUUUGGUUGGUCGCACGACGACGGCGCCGGCAGCGGCGAUUCAAAAGCAAAGCGUCGAGUGGACCGGCGCAUGAGUGGAAGUCGAG